AGAAGGAGUGCAACAGAUGUUAUCCCGAGCACUUCAGCUUUAGGUGCUGCUGCUGCCUCUAACCUGGGCAGAGGAGAACGCUGCUGACCCUGGACUCCACGUGUGAUGCUUCUCAGUGAUGUCUGAUAGUUGGGGUGCUGACUGGAGGUACUAAGCCAAAUGAUGUACAGUUGACAGUAUCCAUGUUAAGAAUGGAUGGGGAGGAUAAUCAGAAGAGAGAUGAUGUUGAUGAGAGCUUGGAAACUAAGCUGAGAAAAGGAUCCCUGAAAAAUGCAUCAGGAGAAAAUGCUGAAUGUGAUUCUUCAUCUCAGCAGAGAAGAAAGCUCAUAUCAGAUGAAGUAUUCAGGAACCUUGAAAAGAGAAGAAGAGAGAAUGGAACAAAUAAAAGGGCAUUGCCAGGAUCACCAAGCCUGGACAUUGUUGAAGCAGAAAGACCUGAAAAUGUCUGCAGGAAAAGAAAGCUGAUUUCUUCAGCAGACAUGAAGGACAGUGGAAGGAAGCUGCACAAAGUCCUAGUUGGAGGAGCAGAUAAUAUUGAAGCUGGAGCUGCAAAGAAGGAAGGAGUCACCAGUUGUCAUGGUGACAACUUAUUUAAUUCAAAUUUCAUGUGUCCACAUUGUGAUUUCAAAUGUGCUGAUGGUGCUAUCCUGAAAAUUCACAAGGAAAGCAAACAUUCACAAGAGAUGCUAGCUGCUGCUCCUGAAAAGUUAACUUCUUCAGAAGAAAUCAAUGUUGGCUACAGAGUUGGAAACAUAGACAAAGAUUUUAAAGACAAAACAUGUGAUCAGUUAUUACCAUCCUGCUCUGAUAUGGAAAAGCAUAUACAAGAAAGCCACUCUAAACAAUCUGAAGAGCAAACAAGCCCUCACUGUAGUUGCUCAGCUAAAUGUAGUUCAACAUUACAUACACAUGCUAAGCAAGAUUAUGAGCAAUCCAAGAUAUUUUGUUGUGAUCUUUGUGGUUUUCAGAGUCCCGAGGAAAAUCUCCUAAAUUCUCAUUUCCUUGGCAAGACACACCUUCGACGCCAAAAUCUUGCUGCACGGGGAGGAUUUGUGCAGAUAUUGACAAAAAAAUCGUUUAAAAAGCAACAGUUUACUGCAACCAGAGAGAGAAAUGUGAGAGCAAAACCUGGGAGCAGUAAAUUAAGGGCAAGGACUGCUGAUGCAAAAGUAUUAAAUGUUUGCAGUGCACUGAAAGGCUCAAAAGUAAGCUUGUCUAAACAAAAUGAUAACACUGAACUUCUUGUUGAAAUGAUACCAUCUACAGAUAUUCCUGAUGAAAAAGCAGAUACUACGAUAGGAAAGUUGCUUUCUUCCAGCAUAGAAGGAGCUCAUGAAGUUAAUACGGAAAAGCUAGAAAUACUAGGACCCUCAGAAAGCGUAUUGCAGAAAUCAGAACUCCCACCAACUACCAAAAAGCUAGUUAGCAGUUUAAAUGUGACAAAGAGAUUUGAUAGACUGGAACAUAAAAGAAACAUUGCAUUGCUAAGAACUUCUUUUGGAGGAAGCAGUUCUCUUAGAUUAAAAAGGCAAGUUAAAAGAAGGUACAGUUUGUUGGGUAAGAGAGGCAAGUCUGAAACUAAGAGAGGAUACAUAAAGCAUGUCUCCAGCACACAGGUUAAACCUGGUGAUUCAAGCCCUACAGCACAUACAGAAUUAGAAACAGAUGGUAAAAGUCUUUGUAAUACUUCAGAAAUUCAAGAUCUUACUCACGAUAAGCCAAAUAUACUUUCUUCCAGCCCUACGGAUACUAAAAAUUCUGAAGGUAAACUUACUGCUGAUCACGGUGUUCAUCAUACUUCCAUUGACUGUGGUCAUGCUUUUCAGAACAAAAAAAGUUUGGAAACUCAUGCUGUAGAGUUUCAUACAAAAAGGGUUCAGUUUCAUUGUCAGACAUGUAGUUAUUCCUCUGGAGUCGAGGAAGACAUGAAGCAACACUGUCAGGACAGUAAACACCAGAUGGGAGGUUGCAGCUUUAAUUGUCAACUCUGUUCAUUUACCAGCUUGAAUGUGAUAAACUUUGAAAGCCAUAUGAGUGAAGUGCAUAAUGUGUCCCAUAGUUGUCCAACUUGUGUUCUUUUCUUUCAAACACAACAAGAGCUGAUAAAUCAUCAAAAGGAUGAGAAACAUGAUAGUUCAUUAGUUCAGCCAGCUACUUCAUUGAGUAACAGUGGUCCCACCUUGCAAGUGGUAAGUUUUGCCGACUCACUAUCAAACAGUAGCCAAAAUCUUGUAAAGGAAAUGGAAGUACCAAUAAAACCAAAAAAUCCAGACUCUUUCUUUGCAAAUCAUAGAAAUGAUGUAAAGCAUUCUGUUCUGAAUAAAACCCAAUUUCAGUGUAAAAAGUGUUUUUAUAAGACAAGAUCUUCCACGGUUCUUACAAGGCACAUAAAACUCCGACAUGCACAGGAGUAUCACUUCCUUUGCAAAGCAUGUAAUCUUUACUCCCUGAGUAAGGAAGGAAUGGAGAAGCAUAUCAAAAGAAGCAAACACCUUGAAAAUGCCAGGAAAAACAAUAUUGGACUACGUUUUGAGGAAUGCAUUGAAAAAGUUUGCGUUGGUGUUGGUGGUAUUAAAACAGUGAUGGAACCUUCCAUUUCUGGGAAUGGCAACACAGAGUUAGAUAAAGAAAUUAUACACGUUUCAUCUUCUACUGUGGAAAACAUAUCGAGAAAUAAGGAAUUUGUUCCAGUUGAUCAAAGAAUUGGUGAAAAUGAAUUGGUUUUAGCUAAUGCACCGAAAAGAGGGAGACCCAAAGGCACUAUUUCUAGGACAUGUACCCAUUGUGGUCUUUUGGCCUCCAGUGUUACAAACUUAACUGUUCAUAUCAGACGAAAGCACAGUCAUCAGUACAGCUAUUUGUGUAAGGUUUGCAAUUACUACACUGUAACCAAAGGAGAUAUGGAACGGCACUGUGCAACCAAAAAACAUAAAAGUCGUGUGGAAAUAGAAGGACAUGGAAAACAGAACUCAGAGAUUGUUGUUAACCCUGAAGGAGGUAAUUUUGAAUCCAUGAGCAAGGUUAGCAGCCCUGUGACUGCUUUGUGUGAACAUGUUGAGGAUGGUAGCCAGACAUCAGAUUUGGGGAAUUCUGUCUUAGACAAUCAGGAAGUUGAGCAAGGAGAGGCUGAGGUAAAAGCUGAAAAUGUCAGUAGGCUGCCAGAUUUGGAGCAUGCUAGCAAUUCAGUAAAUAUAAAACAACACAUACUGCUUGAACCAGCAAAGAUUACUCAGGAUGGUGACCCGUGCUUCCAGAGAAGAGCAGUGGGUGCAAACGACAACAGGUGUAUACAUUGCGACUUCACUGCUCAUUCUUCUUCUUCUUUGGAGUUGCACGUGAAACGAAAACAUACAAAACAAUUUGAAUACUACUGCAUGGCUUGUGACUACUAUGCUGUUACUCGGAGAGAGAUGAUUAGGCAUGCGGCAACAGAGAAACAUAAAAUUAGGAGGGAGUCGCAUGUGUAUUCCUCAGUGGAGGAAGCAGACGCAGCACAUAUCACUAAAGAAGGCACUGCUUUGUCUCAAGAGGAGCACCAUCCCGGUGCAGGAGAGAUGAAAACUGUUCCAUGUGAAAUGAAAUACGCCAGUGAUGCAGUAGAAGGUGAUCAUGUGAAUAAAAGCUUAACUGAGGGUAUUGUCAUAGAUGAAAAUGCAUCCCCAGAAAUGCCUAAAGAAGGCAGCUCCCAAAAUACAGUAGAAAGUGAAGUUGAAGUGGAAGCUAAAAAUGGAGGAGAAAACCUUUUUUGCGAAGGAUUCCAGCAGGGUCCUCAGAAAGAUAAAGCUGUUAAGUUUGAUGAAGAGGUAUCGGUUAAAGAAGCAGGCACUUGUGAGUUGCAGUGCAAUGGGCAUGGUGGGGAACUGCUCAACUCAGAUGACUGCACUGCAGAAAAUCAGAAUAUUUCAGGUGGCACAGACUUGAAUUCAGGAAAAGGCGAGGAAAGCUUGGAAGCAACUAGAGAAAACCCUGAAGUAGAAUGUAGAAACACAGACGUUCUUGACGAAAUACCACUGACAGAAAAUAACCCACUUAUAUUAAGUCUUCCAGAAACAAAAAGUGCAGAACAGCAAUCAAAUUUUGCUGGAAACAUUGGAGAAAUGGUGCAAAAUAUACAUAGUUUAGAGGGUGACAGAAGUUUCAAAGAGGAUCCUACUGGGGAGGAGGAAGAAGCCCUUAUGGAAGCACAACAUGAAGCAGAAGUAUCUAUAAAUAACAGUGUUUGGGAGGCAGAUGGCUCAGCAGCUGAGGGCAUGCAAGAAAGUAGUAAUGAGGCUUUAGGAACAGCUAUCAGUGCUGAUGAUAAAGGAAAGGCAAUGCAAAAUUUUGGCAAGUUUGAUCCUUCCAUAGUGAGAUUAAAAAGCCAUCAAGAUGAGGAGGCCAUUGACCAUGCAGAUGAAGGACAAACGUCAGGUGGAGCGAGAGUUAGUGAGCUUGCAGUGAAAGCAGACACUUCACCAAACAGUGGGAAAAAGAAGAAGUCGGAAGGAAUUUCCCUUGGGGAAUCGACACGUAUUCGCUGUGAUGACUGCGGUUUCCUAGCAGAUGGUUUGAGCGGACUAAAUGUUCACAUAGCCAUGAAACAUCCUUCAAAAGAAAAACAUUUUCAUUGUUUACUCUGUGGAAAAUCGUUUUACACAGAGAGCAACCUUCACCAGCACUUGGCCAGUGCGGGGCACAUGCGAAAUGAGCAGGCAAGUGUGGAGGAGCUGCCCGAAGGAGGCGCUACCUUUAAAUGUGUGAAGUGCACGGAGCCCUUCGAUUCGGAGCAGAACUUGUUCCUCCACAUCAAAGAGCAGCACGAGGAACUGUUGCGGGAAGUGAAUAAGUACAUCGUGGAAGACACUGAGCAAAUAAACAGAGAGAGGGAAGAGAACCAAGGCAACAUCUGCAAGUACUGUGGGAAGAUGUGUAGGAGUAGCAAUUCCAUGGCCUUCCUAGCUCACAUUCGUACCCAUACAGGAUCAAAGCCAUUCAAGUGCAAGAUAUGCCACUUUGCAACAGCUCAGCUCGGAGAUGCCAGAAACCAUGUCAAGAGGCACCUUGGGAUGAGGGAAUACAAGUGUCAUGUCUGUGGGGUGGCCUUUGUGAUGAAGAAGCAUUUGAACACUCAUUUACUGGGCAAGCAUGGAGUUGGCACACCCAAGGAAAGGAAAUUCACAUGUCACCUGUGUGACAGGAGCUUCACGGAGAAGUGGGCGCUGAACAACCACAUGAAGCUGCACACGGGGGAGAAGCCAUUUAAGUGCACCUGGCCCACCUGCCAUUACUCCUUCCUCACGGCUUCGGCGAUGAAAGACCACAUUAGGACUCACACAGGCGAGAAGUCGUUCCUCUGUGACCUUUGUGGCUUUGCCGGCGGGACACGUCAUGCCCUCACCAAGCAUCGGAGGCAACACACAGGAGAGAAACCAUUCAAAUGUGAUGAGUGCAACUUCGCUUCCACAACACAAUCGCAUCUGACACGACAUAAGCGUGUCCAUACUGGAGAAAAGCCUUACAGAUGUCCCUGGUGUGACUACAGGUCUAACUGUGCUGAAAACAUCCGUAAACAUAUCUUGCAUACAGGAAAGCAUGAAGGAGUGAAAAUGUAUAACUGUCCUAAAUGUGACUAUGGAACCAAUAUCCCCGUGGAGUUUCGUAACCACUUGAAAGAACUACACCCAGACAUUGAAAAUCCCGAUCUGGCGUACUUACAUGCUGGCAUUGUAUCCAAGUCCUAUGAGUGCCGGCUGAAGGGGCAAGGAGCAACCUUUGUGGAAACUGCGAGUCCUUUCACUGCAGCAGCACUGGGAGAGGUUUCUCCAGUUAAAGAGAAGGCCUUUCGGGGCAGCAGAAGGCAGCCACAGUCGCCUGAACAAGUUCAGCAAGUUAUUAUUAUUCAAGGAUACGACGGUGACUUUGCAAUCGAUGUCUCUGCGGAAGAAACGGCAGCGGCUACCCUUCAGACUCUAGCAAUGGCUGGCCAGAUGGCCAGGGUCGUCCAUAUUACAGAGGAUGGGCAAGUCAUAGCUACAAAUCAAAACGGCUCGCACGUGAGUAGUGUGGUUCCAGGGCAGAUACUUACCGAGCAGCUAGCAGAUGGGGCCACGCAGGUGGUAGUGGUUGAAGGCGCUGUAACAGGAACCGAGAUGGAAGAGGCCGUUCCUAUAGAUGCAGUUCCUGACUCCAGUAGUGCUGUACUGCAGCAGAUAAUGCAACAAGAAGUUUUAGAUGCUUCUGAAGCUACAGUCCAUCCCCAAGACUCCUCGUCAGCGUUAGAUGCCUUGCUUUGUGCUGUAACAGAGCUGGGCGAAGUGGAAACCAAAUCUGGACUCCUUGACAGAAGCAGGUCUAGUCACAAAGAUUUCUUGCAAAUGCCAAACCCAGAGGUGCCCAGUGUCCCCAGUGAUGCAGGGGGACAAGAAAUACAAAUGUUCCACGAAGUUCAGGAGACUCAGGAAGAUACCAAACCAAUGGAAGUAGUGACGCAGGUCAUGCACCCAUCGGCUCUAAUUGCAUCUCAGGAGAGCGCUCAGGCUGCCUUCAAGAAAAUGGUCCAAGGAGUGUUACAUUUUGCUGUAUGUGAUACGGCUGCAGCCGACCAGCUGAUGAAAGAAGGUGUCACUCAGGUCAUUGUAAAUGAGGAAGGGACUGUGCAUAUGGUAGCUGGAGAAGGCUCUCAGAUAAUUAUGCAGGAAGCUGGUAGCCAUGCGCUCAGUGUCCAGAGUGAACACAUGGAUUUAGUUGAUUCGGAUGGGGAAAUAUCACAGAUUAUCGUCACCGAAGAAAUAGCUCAAGCCAUGGUUCAGGGUUCUGAUGGUGACUUCUCAGAAGGUGCAACCCACUACAUUGUCACAGAAUUGCCACCAGACAUGCAGGAUGAGCCUGGUGUGUACUCGCACGCUGUGAUAGAGACAGCUGGGUCUCAAGAGAUUUUGCAGGCUGGUACUGCUAUAGAAGCAAAAGCUGUAUCCCCUGAUAGAGCAGGAGAACAGCUAACAAGCAUGGUCAUUUAUACAGAGGGUUGCUCACAAGUAGUUCAGGGCCAGCAAGAUGAUAACGAAGUACAAGAAGCAUGAAGAGCUUUAUCUCAUAGGCUUGAUGCAGGUGAUCAGAUCCAUGGAGGCACUGUAUUCCUGGAAUAACUUCUGUAAAACCUUCUCAGUACAAUAUCCUCAUAGGCAGGUAACAAAUAUGCACCCUGUGGGAGGUGAAGGUCAGCUACUAGGAGGAGUUCACUGAAAAGGGUAGUACAAUCUUGUUACAACAGCUCUGAGAAUUAUUACAGGGGAUUAUUUUAAAGCAAAUGCAUUAGGACACAAAAGAGGAUAAAAAUACCCCCCUCCUCUCCAGUAGGUAUUGCUCUGUUCAAUGGUUUAUUUUUUUUUUUCAAAUGUUGUUUUAUCUCAGGGUAAAUCCCUGCCUUCUUUUUUGUCUAACAUAAUCACAAGAGUAAAAUACUUUCACUUACAUGUAUGUUUUAUAAACAGGUAAAUAAGCAAAAAAUUACAAAAUGUGCAUCAUUACAAUGACAAGGUGAUCAGGUAAGCUUAGAUACUGUAAUUGGUGCCCUUCUUUAUUUUAAAGAAGAACAGGUGACAUUUUGCUUUCUAGAAUCUUACUUUAAAAUAUCCCUGGUGAAACAUACGUCAUCAAAUUAAGUAUUUUCUCCAUCUGGAAUCAAUUUUUUUAAUAGUAGCUUACUCUUCCAUGGUAUCGCAUAAGACUUUUCCUAGGGAAGAGAUGCUGCAUUUCAGAAAAUUCUUGAUUAUACACAUUCAGAAAAAAUAACUUGAUGCCUGUAUCUUCCACUUAAAUUUAGAUGAGAGUCCUACAUACGGAAUGUGCUUUUUUAAAAAUAUAUAUAUAUAUUCUCACUGUCAGUGUUUUGCUUUUCUUAUAAAUAGUGCUUCAUAUAAAUACCAUUUUGCAGUUCAUUUUGUGAUCUACUUUUGAAAUGUUAUGGGGAUUUUUGAAGAAAAUUCUGACAUUGACAUUAACAAGUAGAAAAAAUAAUAAUAAUAAAAAAAAAAGGUGACCUUGUAUUUCUUGCUUAGUCCAGAAUGUCAAUUAUUUAGUUGUGGAUAUACUGCAAUUGUCCAAUGCAAGUUCAUGUUGAAAAGAUUUGUUUCACAGUACAACUGCUUUUGUUUCUUUAAAAAAAAUGUAAAAUAUAAACUGGCAAGUUUGGGGUUUUUUUGUUUGUUUGUUUUUGUCUUUCAAAUAAAAUGUUAGCAUUAAAAUGAAGCAUCAUGAUUUUUAAUAUUAAGCAAUAAACAGAACUGGCAUUCAGCAGGAGCAACCAAA